AGAUCGCGUCAAAAGCAGUCUAACUCGACUGCGCUUGCAGACAGUUCGCCUUGUUUUCUUUAUGUGAGCGUCUGUCCUGUGUUUUUCGUGUGGCAGCUGGCACUCAACCUCGCGGCGAAAUGUUUGCGAGGGUGCUCCUCGCGGCGAGCAUAAUUUGCUUAAGCAGUGCAGUUCCCCUGGUCAAGCCAUCUGACAAAGUUUGCCAGACACUGAGCACAUCAUGCCAAGACCUGUGGGUUGCAUCAUCAUGCAAAACUGUGAAACCCUGCAUAGAGAUGAUUUGGGAAAAGCUCGAAGUCCCUAUGGACAAGAGCAACGUGUGCAACAUCUGCAAGGAAAUGGUUAAAGAAGCAAGAGACCAGCUCCUCAGCAAUGAAACUCAGGAGGAACUAAGAGAAGUGCUUGAAGGCAGCUGUGCACUGAUACCGAUUAAAUUUAUUAGCGAAAUGUGCAAGGACAUGGUUGACAAUUUCAUUCCUGAUCUGAUUGACAUCCUUGUUUCAAGGCUGGACCCAGACCAAGUGUGUACAAUUGCUGGACUCUGCAAUCCCGACUUCGUUACCAGGAAGCUUCAGGAUCUCCUGGAGCACAAAGUCUUUAUGGCUUCAAUGCAGUCUCGCCUCUUCCUGCCUUUGUCAAAAGAAGAUGCACCAGCAUCAAGUGUUAAGAAGGAAGCCACAUGCACUGAAUGCAAAACAGCCAUGAAACACUCCAGAGAGCUGUUCAAGAAGUUGCCCUUGGCAGGAGUCAAGUCUGCUGUCCUGAAGGCUUGCCAAGGAAGGCUUGGCACUGCCAAUCCUGAGUGCUCCACAUUGGUGAAUGUUUUCCUGCCAUCAGUCUUCAAGUACCUGCAGUCAUUGAACCCUGAAGAGUUUUGUGCCUACGUGGAUCGCUGCAAGGCUCUGAGCCCACCAAAACUGAGCAUCCCACCAAUCACCGUAGCCAAGGACAAUUUGACUUGCGACUUCUGCAAGCAGCUUGUGGAGCAUGUGAGGCAAAUUCUUGCUGCAAACACAACAGAGCAAGAAUUUAAGCAGGCUUUGCUUAACUUCUGUGAAGAGCUUGGUGCUGCUGCUGAAGAGUGCCAGAGUUUUGUUGAUGAUUACUUUGACAUGGUGUACUCUUACCUUCUCGAAGCCCUUGACCCGAAUGUUUUCUGCAGUACCAUUGGCCUCUGUUCUCCUAACGGAAUGAAGUCUGAGGAGAGGGCGCUGAACAAACUCUUCAUCAAGGCAAUCCAAGGUGCACUCCAGCAGAAGGGCCACCUCAAGAACCUAAAGGCUGCCAAGAAAGUGAAGGGUUACUUGGAGCAAUCUCCUUCUGUUCCUCUUAUCAAGGUCUACCCUGCUUUGCCAAAAAAAUACUUUGACAACAACAAAUCUGAAAUAGCAUUUCCCAUGGUAAAGACCUUCCCUGCCCAGUAUAACCCAAGUGUUGACGACAUUUUCACCUGUUCUAUUUGCAAGGCAUUCAUCUCCCUUCUUGAGCAAAUCGUACCAGUAAAUGCCACCGUGGAAGACUUGAAGUUUGUCCUUGACCAACUUUGUGAGCUGUUCCCUCCAGAAACAGAAAAGAACUGUCGAAGCUUCGUUGACAAAAAUGCAGAAGCGAUCCUCAAUUUCUUGGCCCAUGAUGUUGCCCCAACCCUCAUUUGCCACGAAUUAGCUCUCUGCAUGUCACUGCCUCAGAAAGUUGGGGCUGUUUUGGACUCGCCAGAUUGCGACUACUGCAAGCUGACUGUCGAAUUCUUCUAUGAUGAGCUCAAGAAGAAAGAAACUGAGGAAGAAGUCAAGCGCAUAGUUGAGAAACUUUGUCAACUGUUCCCAAGCAGCAGCAGGGACAAGUGCAUCAGCACGAUCAACACCUACGUGGACAUGGUCAUAUCCCUCGUCCUUCAGGAGUUCACCCCCGAGCAGAUCUGUCAGCAACUGGGCUUCUGUGCCUCAACAAAUGUAUCUAUGCCUGUUGUUCCGCCCAAGAAAGUCUCAGAUGACACAUGUGACCUGUGUAUGGUUGUGGUCAAGUUUCUCUAUGACGAAGUGAAGGAUGAGAGAACUGAGGAGAAGGUGAAGGAAGCACUGGACAAAGUGUGCACUCUACUGCCCGGCUCAAUGGAGCAGAAGUGUGUUGACAUGGUCAACACCUAUUAUGACAUGCUGGUCAACCUUCUCCUCCAGGAACUUGUCCCUGACCAAGUGUGCAAAGAACUUGGUCUGUGCCCCUCCGCAUCCACGAAGAAGAUUCCUGUGGCUGGCUUUGAGAAUUGUCCUCUUUGUGAGAUAAUGGUCAAAAUCAUUUACAACGAGCUUAAGGACCAAAAGACUGAGGCAGAGAUCCAGAAGAUGUUGGACAAGCUUUGUAUUUUGCUGCCAAGCUCUAUGCAGCAGCAGUGCACCGAAACAGUCAACAAGGACUUCGACUUGCUGGUACAUUUGAUCAUCAUGGGAAUGAGCCCCGAGGAAGUUUGCCAGCAGAUUGGUCUUUGUCCAUCUGCAAAGAAAGCUGGGAUGCCCCCUGUUGCAAGUGUUCCCUCUAAGAAGCCUAAAGGCGAAGAGUGUGACAUCUGCAAGGCUGUGGUGCAGUUUGUCUACAAUGAACUGAAGAACAACAAGACUGAGGAGGAGGUUAAGGAACUCUUGGACAAGAUGUGCUCUCUGCUGCCAGACUCGCUGAAACAGACGUGCAGAGACACAGUCAACACCUACUAUGAUCAGCUGGUGGACCUCAUUGAGCAGGGCUUUACACCCGAACAGGUCUGCCAAGAGCUUGGCCUCUGCUCCUCUGGCCGAGGAAAGCUUGUUGCAACCAGGCCUAUCAAAGUUGCCAGUGAUGAAACGUGCACAUACUGCACAACAAUUGUUCAGUAUGUGUAUGAUGCUCUCCAGGACCAGAAAACUGAGGAGAUGGUCAAGCAAGCACUAGAUGAAGUUUGCAACCUAUUCCAUGGAGAUAGGCGGCAGGAGUGUGUUAACAUGGUCAACACAUAUUUUGAGAUUAUUGUAUCCCUCAUACUUCAGGACUUCACACCUCAGCAGAUAUGCCAAACAAUUGGACUGUGCCCGUCAUCUCCUGGAGGAGAUAUAGAGUGCACUUUCUGCCAGUAUGCUCUUCACUUUAUCCAGAAUGAGCUUGUGGACAGUAGCACUGAGGCUAAAGUGGAAGCUGUACUUGACAAAUUGUGCGCCAAACUGCCAGAGGACUUGGCUAAGGAGUGCAUGGCAUUUGUAGAAGAAUAUGGACCAGCUGUCAUGGUUCUCCUUGCUCAGGAGAUAGAUCCCAGCAUAGUGUGUGUGGCUGUCAAGGCCUGUCCCAAGGACGGGCUCAAGAAACAAUCUGACGUGAAGCUGAAGCUGAAUGAGUGUGCCAGCUGCACGGCUGCAAUCGGCUAUGUUGAGCAAGUACUUAAGGACACCAAGAACGAUCAGGAGGUUGCCAAACAAUUGGCAAACGCCUGUGAACACGUGCCUAAGACACUUCAGUCUCAGUGCAAGGCCGUGAUUGAAAGCUAUGGGCCAGCACUUCUCCAGACAAUUGCGCAGUUUGGCAGUGCCCAGAAAGCGUGUGAGAAGUUGGAUAUCUGCUCAGAUGAUGCUGUGGAAUACAAGCAUCAGCAGAAGCUAAUAGGCAGCAACCCAUGCACGCGAGGUCCAGCCCACUGGUGUCAGUCAAAGGAAAAUGCUGCAGCUUGCAAGGCCACCCCGUUUUGCGUGAAAAAGGUCUGGAAGCAGUAGUGCCUCUUCCUAGGUUUUGUUUGAUACUCAUUUUAAAUAGCGCUUGUUGAUUAGAAUUACGGCACAAUGCUACUCACAAUUUUUCGUUUUUGUUAUAUAAUUGCGUAGAAUGGAUAGACUACUUAUAAAAACCAAAGCAUUUUGUUUUGUUUUCCUUGCUUUUUUAUGCCCAUUUUCUUUUGGGUACACAAUGUUUCCAAGUUGAUACUCUUUGUCAGUUUCUGUGAACAUUUUGGAAAUGGCAAUAAACCUUGAAUACUGGUUUUA